AGUGCCGGCCUCGAGGCCCCCUUCCAGGGCCUCAGGGGCUGAGCCAGGCGAUGGGGUCCGCCCCCACUCCGGGGUGGGCUCCUCAAGGGCCCCAGACCUCUGGGCCUGACCCGCCGCGCCUGUGGCUUCUGCCCUGGGCCCUGGUGCCGCUCUCUGGUGGCUCAAAAGUUCUUUCCAAGAACUUCUGGGUGGCUGGGGGUGGGGAGCAGGCCGGCCGAGGGGGGCUGCGCCUCCCUGCCCAGAGGCCAGGGUGAGGGGUUGGGGGCGCUUCCUAGCCCAUCACCCGCCCCGGCCACCAGCCCAGAGCAGAGAGGGGGGCAUGGAGGCGCCCUUGCCCCUUAGCCUUGGGGAGGGAGAGGAGGGACCCACAGGCUGUCCGGCCCGGUUCGUGGGGGAGGGGGACUCCAGGCGCGAGGGUCCCUGGGCGGCGGGCGGGCUCCGGGGAGGCCCCGCCCCCGGGCGUGGCUUAAAAGCCGGGAGCUGCCCGGAGACCCAGCUGCUGCCAGAGCGGAGCGGGAGCCCGGAGCGGGAGCCCGCAGCCCAGACGCCAGGGGACGCGGACGGGGCGGAUGCCUGGGCGCCUGGGCGCUGCAGGCAUGACCCGGGGGGCGGGGCGCGCCCCGCUGCUGGGCCGCCUCCUGCUCCUCACUCUGCUGGCCUCCGGCGCUGCCUCCCCUGCCUGGGAUCUCCAGGAGCCCCGCAGCGCAGCCGGCAGGACCCGCGUGCACUCUCGGGGCAGCCUCUGGGCCACCGGUCACUUCAUGGGCAAGAAGAGUCUGGAGCGUCCCAACCUGCUCCCACUGGGGGCCGAGCCCCAGCCCGCUCUGAGGGGCCAGCAGCUGCAGCUGAGUCGGGAUCUGCUCAGGAUCCUCCUGCUGAAGGAAGCGCUGGGCAGGAGCCCCGGCCGCCCAGCACCUCAUCCCCCGUACAGGAGGCUGCUGGUGCACCUGCUGCAGAAGUGACGCGCCCCGCCGGGAAGACUCGGCGUCCCGCUUGACCUGUCCACGGGGUGGAGCUGCACCUCGGCGUGGCCCGACUGGAUGUGAACCCUGGCUCAGAUGUGUCCCCGACCCUGCGGGGCCCCCAGCAGUGUAGCACGAGGCGCAGCUCUCGGUCCCUGCUGCCCCACUGAGGCUGUGAAUAAAGCCGGCUCCUUUGCACAGACUGCCUGCCGGGUCUCCUUUCCGCCAGUUUCGGGCCGGAGGGG